AUGACUAAAUCAGGUCAAUAUUAUUGUGCAAAUGAGGACUCGAAUGUUGUUAGAGUAUUUGUAGUGAGACAUGGCCAAACAGAUCAUAAUGUUCAAAAAAUUUUACAAGGUCAUAAAGAUAUUCCUCUAAAUAUCACUGGUUAUCAACAGGCACAGAAAUUAGGUACUUACUUAAAGGAAAAUGAGUAUUUUUUUGAUAAGAUUGUCAGUAGUGAUUUGAUAAGGUGUAAAGAAACGAUCUCUACUAUUCUUAAAACAGAGGGAAGAACAGAUGACGUUCCGGUCGAGUACCACUGUGAGUUAAGAGAACGUUUCAUGGGCGUUAUAGAAGGAAUGCAUAUCUCAGAAGCAGAAGCAUAUGCCGAUAAAUUUGGUAAAGGAUCAUUUAGAGAGUUUGGUGAACCUGAAAAUGAAUUCAUGGAUAGAUUGAUAGGACAGAUACAGAAAUCUAUUGAUAGUGCGGUAACAAGCAAAAAAAGAAACAUGGGAUUGAUCAGUCAUGGUGGAUCAAUCAGAACAAUUUUAAAAUGGUUGAACUAUGACCCAGAAAAUAGUCAUAAAAUAAUUGUCUUUAACACAUCAGUAACAAUCCUGGAUUAUGUUAUAGAUGAAAAGAAAAUUGUUGUUAGAGACGUGGGUAACACCAAGCAUCUUGGAAACGGUGAAUUUGUUGUGAGUGAUUUAAGAUUACGUUAG